AUGGUCAUCCCUGAUGUUCUCCAUGCCAAGAGUGGCAAGGAGAUCAAGCCAGAUCUCAUGAAGUACUUGUACUCGCUUGCUUGGCGAUGCCAAUCUGUGAACCUCCUCAUCGGCGUGGCCCUGGCCUUGGCGCUGCUCAACGGCCUGCGAGCCUUUGCCUUCCACAUGGCUCGCGUGCGCUUUGUGAGCCGCCUCCGCGAUCGGUGUUUCAGCCACUACAUGUCCCAAGACAUGGCAUUCUUUGACAAGGUAGAUGCCGCGGAGCUCACAUCUCGGCUGACGUCAGACUGCCAGAUGGUCUUCGCCAGCCUUGAUGACGUGCUGAAUUUCCUUCUGCGGUCCAGCAGCGUGACCUUCCUGGGCUCUGCUGCGCUGAUCCGUUCCUCGCCACGCCUGGCCCUGGUGGCCGCCCUGGUCUUGCUGGGCCUUGCCGCCUCCACAUCGAAGUACUCGGAGGUCCGCAGACGAACGACGGCCGAAGCACAGGACGCCAUCGCGGAGCUCAGCCGCGUGGCAGACGAGGGCCUAGACGGCCUGGCGACGGUGCGAGCCCUUGGCGCGGAGGAUGUGCACCGCCGCCUGUUCUCGGAGCAGAAUGACAAGAUCCUUUCCAUCCAGAAGCGGAACAGCUACGCCUCCGGCCUGUUUGGCUUGGCGAACGUGUCGCUCAGUGGCCCUUCGGCUGGGACUUCGGAAGACCAGGGAAAGGGCCUUGACCAUCCCUUCCGCCGAGUUUCGCAGAUGACACAUCGUGACAUGCGGUGGCGUAUGGUGGCAUAUGCUGGCAAAUGUAGCUUAUAA